AUGGUAGACGACGGUCGUGUGCUGAGCAUUCAAUCGCACGUGGUACAGGGCUACGUAGGCAAUAAAAGUGCCGUAUUCCCGCUUCAGAUAUUAGGGUUCGACGUGGAUCCUAUCAACAGCGUACAAUUUUCCAAUCACACAGGAUACGCGACGUUUACAGGACGCCGUCUCACGGGCGAUGAGCUACACGAGCUAUUGGAUGAAGCCAUUGUACGUGUAUACGAGCGACUUCGAGCGGCACAGACUCAAUCGGAGCACCUUGUAUAUGUAUGUGAUCCAGUGAUGGGGGAUUUAGGCAAGCUUUACGUUCCUCAAGAGUUAGUUGACCUUUACCGUUUAAAGGUAUUACCUAUUUGUGACGUUUUAACGCCAAAUCAGUAUGAAUGCGAACUAUUGACAGAGAUGAAACUUCAGACGGUAGAAGAAGCAAUGUUUGCGUGCAAGAAGCUUCAUUCUUUAGGCCCAAAGGUUGUAGUAAUCAGUAGCUUUCACGAAGCGUUUGAAAAUGCGAUGCCAAAGAACUUAAUCGUCAUUGGCAGCAAAGUCGUUGCGAACAAUGGCAAGCAUUUUUGCGAGCAGUUUGAAAUACGUUUUCCAUGGAUUGACAGUUACUACACUGGUACGGGUGAUUUGUUUGCAGCACUUUUGCUUGCUUGGCUCUACCGCUUCCCAAAUGAUUUCAAACGUGCACUCGAGAACGUGAUUUCGACGAUCCAGGAUGUGCUUCAAAUCACAUUAAAUCUAGGUGGAAAAAAUUGCGAUUUAAAAUUAAUUCAGAGUCGAAAUGUCAUUGCGCAUCCUACCGUACGAUUCAUGGCUAAACCUCUUGCGGUGCCUAUACUGUUUGUUUUCGUGGACUUAAAUGUCUUGCUUACGACGAGCAGCGAUGGCCAAGUAAUUGACGUACCAGCAAAUGCAUCAAUCCAGCGCUUUGAGUUGUUAUACGCUUUGUUGUCUCUCGUAGGCUCUGAAAAUGUCACGAUUGUCACUAAUAAUACGAUUCCAUCAGCAAAGGCUUUAGUUGACCACUUUGUAUCAAGUGACACAAGACUAAAGAACAUCUCAAUUAAGGACAUUCAAGAGGCGCUUUUUUUCAAUGCUAACGAAUCUCGCAAAUGUGAGACAGUGAUCGUGACUGACUCAACCAACAUAAUUGAACAAAGCUCUUGCAGUCUGUUUCAAGUGGUGUCAGCUACUGCUUCUGAUAUAGCAGUAGUUACCUAUAUAAAAAAGCACAAUGAGCGCUGUCUUCUUGCAUAUCCGUUAAGGUCAAAGUAA